CGGAGGUGUAAUACAGUCAUGACACUUUUAGUCGUAUUUUCAUCUGGGCUCAACAAACACUUCUCCAUUUGCACCGGAAUAUGUGAAAUGAUUUAAUGGGGAGAGGUUGCGUAGCCGAGACCGGUGAGAAUUUUGCUGGAUUGAUACAUUGACGUGAAUUUCAGAUGCAUCGCCCUAAUGGUAUUCAUCUGCCUGCCUUGAGAGAAUUUGUAGUUCAGCGCGAAGGCAAGGCAGCAGGGAUGAUGUGAGUGCACGAAGACAAAUCGCUAACUACCAUUUCAACCACAUUGCAUAUUUGCCGUCCAUUUUACAUUGAAAAGCAUGUUUAUUUUGUAUCAUAAAAACAAUAUGUAUAGCCAAAAUCAACAUCUAGAAUCGAGGUGAUGAAGGCUGGCACAUUUCCAUCGCUGUUCUUCAAGGAAUGAAAACGCUCCAAGAUGGUCCGCAUCGCAAACGCCCUGGGUCUGGUCAUAUUGAUGGUUGCUCUUCUCAUUUUAUCCUUAAUAAGUUAUGUGUCUAUUAGAAAGGACAGCAUCUUCUCUUCCACAAAAAAUGACAAUAUGGGAGGACCACGGAUAAUGUUCCAUGCAGGAUUUCGGUCACAGUUUGCCAUGAAUUUCCUGGACCCAUCCUUCAUCCCAUUAACCAAUGCUCUGAACGAGGAGCUGCAAGGGAAACCCUCCAAAUGGAAAUUCAAUAGGACAGCUUUUUAUCAGCAAAGGAAAGAGAUCUUCCAUUACAUUGAUGUGGCCAACAACUUCUCCCUCACCAAGAAUGGUGUGCGCGUCGGCCAGCUGAUGCACUUCGACUACUCCAGUCACAAGUAUGUCUUCUCUAUAAGCAACAACCUGAAGUCACUGCUUCCUGAUGCUUCGCCCAUCCAGAACAAGCACUACAACGUGUGUGCCGUGGUGGGUAACAGUGGGAUCCUGACUGGUAGUCAUUGUGGGCCAGAGAUCGACAGUGCCGACUUUAUCUUCCGCUGCAACUUCGCCCCUACCGACUCCUACUACAAGGAUGUGGGCCGGAAGACCAACCUCACCACCUUUAACCCCAGCAUCCUGGAGAGGUACUACAACAACCUUUUGACCAUCCAGGACCGCAACAACUUCUUCCUCAACCUGAAGAAGCUGGAGGGGGCCAUUUUGUGGAUCCCUGCGUUUUUCCUCCACACCUCGGCCACCGUCACACGGACCCUGGUGGACUUCUUUGUUGAGCACAAGGGGCAGCUGAAAAUCGAGCUGGCCUGGCCGGGAAACAUCAUGCAGGAUGUCAACAAAUAUUGGAAGACCAAGAACCUGUCCCCGAAGCGACUCAGCACUGGUAUCCUCAUGUACACUCUGGCAUCGGCCAUGUGUGAGGAGAUCCAUCUGUAUGGCUUCUGGCCCUUCGGCUGGGAUCCCAACACAGGCAAGGAGCUGCCCUACCACUACUAUGACAAGAAAGGAACCAAGUUCACCACCAAGUGGCAGGAGACCCACCAGCUGCCCAGUGAGUUUAAGCUGCUUUACAAGAUGCAUGGAGAAGGUGUGACCAAGCUGAGCCUUUCACACUGUUCUUAGACAUUCCAGCCUGGGUGACAGGGCGUCAAGAAUUUAAUUUGGUGGAGCUCCAACACAGCAGCUGACCUUGCGCUCACGUAAUAUAUUUUGCGACUCGAAGCAGACAAUGCAUGAUUUAGUAGUAAGACGUAUUACUCUUUCACUCCAGAAACACACCAUCAUACCACCACUGCAUCUUGCCUUUCAGCUUCGUCAUAGGGUAUGUAAUUCACACUUUAGGUUGCGAGGAACAUGGCACAGUAUUUCAAAUUUGGAUUACUGGUUGAUGAUGUCGUUAUGAUGUAUAUUAUGCUGAAUAUAUUAUGUCACACUAUCAUAGUACUUAUCAUACAAUAUUUCACAUCACAUUAUUUGCAUUGCUAUCAUAAUUGUGUGGAUAAAUAGAUCAAUAAAACACACAGACACUUUAUGAAAAAUAAUCACUAUUUCCAAACAAAAGUUUUUUCCAGAAUGUAGGGGUGAGGUGGGGGGCAUAAUUAUUAUUAGGCUAUAGCCUUAUUUCAAAGGGAUUUGAUUGUUCUUUUGAUAUCACUGCUUAGUCUCAGGGAAGGAGUUAAGAGAAGGAAUGUUGUUAUUUUUUUUUAUCAGAUUCAAAUGCUCCCACUGAGGUGCAAACAGACACACUGUCUAUUUUCCAUCCCUUUUUAGCAUACAGUGAAGUACCACAGGUGCCAGCAGACAGACAAUGGGCCCAGCCAGCACACUGCACUGCUAACUACUGUAGCAGUGAGAUUUGUUUACAAUGCCCCUUAAUGUAUAUAAUUGCUGCCCUAUAUAGAUAAAGAUACUGUAGCGAUAGCCAUAGUCCCACUAUUUUACUGAGAUUCUGGUGAUAGCUCUGGUAAUAUUAAAAUUUGCGAAUUAGUAAUCUACAUUCCAACACCAAGCCAUAGACUGAGCUUAGUUACAGUACACUUUAAAGUAUAUAUAUUGUUGUUAUCAUCCCGAUUAAGAAUUGUUCUUGAGUAAAACAUUCAGAAAAAGUGUCAGAAUUCUGUUUUAGUUUCAUACGACUUCAACUCUAUCUAUUUUCAAAAUACCAUUGAACACCAUGGUGCUAAAGGUAAAAGGAAUUUCACCAACCAGUCUUUACAUUGUGGGAUGCAUACUGUAACAGCAUUUUUUGUUUUAGUCAAACGCUGAACACAUAACUCAUGUUAUGACCCAUGUAUCAACGCAGGGAAACAUUUUGCUUCCCACCACAUUCACUGUGUGUACAAAACUUUAAGAACACUUUCCUAAUAUUGUCUCAAUUGUCUCAAGGCUUACAAAUCCUUCUUUAACCUGUCUCGUCCCCUUCA